UCGGCAGAAUUUUAGUUAACGUAUUGUUCUGAUAAGCCUUUUAAUGGACGGGAUCUAUUUGUAACGCUCACUUCGGGGUGUAAUGAAACUCGAGACUGAGUCAGACAUUUUGGCUCGAAGUACAACCCUCGAAUUGGCGCAGCUCUCGCUCUACGGAGAGCCAUCAUGACGUCAACUGUACUCUUCUGCUGUGAAAGCACUACAGCUCAUCGCGCGCAGUAAAACGCUGGCUGAGGACACUCGUGUGAAUGCGUUGGCGGAUGUGUUCAGAGGCGGAAGGGUUGCAAACAGGGUUGUUCUUGUGAGUGAUGCGGUAACCGCAGCGGCAAGAGGAAGAACCCAGGUUCUACUCUAGCUAGUUAGUAUCGGCUAAAAAUUAUAUACCCGGUUCCCUGCUAGAUAGUGGAUACUUACGCUUAUAGACUGAUUCGCAAUUUGUACUCAGGGAAGAAGUCAGUGGAGGGAGAAAGGCACCGUCAUUUUAACAGUAUAAAACCCACGUUUCGGUGACAGCGGCACAAGCACAACAAUGGCUCUGAAAAGAAUUCACAAGGAGCUGAAUGAUCUGGCCCGUGACCCUCCGGCUCAGUGCUCCGCUGGUCCAGUUGGGGACGACAUGUUUCACUGGCAAGCCACAAUAAUGGGACCAAAUGACAGUCCCUACCAGGGCGGCGUGUUCUUCUUGACCAUUCACUUCCCCACAGACUACCCCUUCAAGCCCCCAAAGGUUGCAUUCACUACAAGAAUCUACCACCCAAACAUCAACAGCAACGGCAGCAUCUGUCUGGACAUCCUGAGGUCGCAGUGGUCGCCAGCACUAACCAUCUCCAAAGUUCUUCUGUCCAUCUGCUCGCUGCUAUGUGACCCGAACCCGGACGACCCCUUAGUGCCUGAGAUCGCCCGCAUCUACAAGACAGACAGGGAAAAGUACAACAAAAUAGCUCGGGAAUGGACACAAAAGUACGCCAUGUAGUCCGGGGUGGGAGGAGCAGAAGCAUGGAGAAACGGCCUCUACGUCUAAAGGCUUUAGGGGAACUCUGAAAGAAGAGAGGAUAAAAAAAAAAAAAGAAAAAAUGUUGGUUUCCAUUGGAGUGCUUUCUUUGAGCCAGGCCCCACCCCCACCACACUCGUUUCCCGCCCCUGCCCGGCUGCCAUGUUGUACAUAUUUUCAAACUGCAAGCAUAGACCCCCCCCCCCAACCACCACCACCACCACCCCCACUUCCUGCUUUCUCUCCCCCUCACAGAAUCCACCCUCCUCUAGGGUUUACCCUGCUGUCACAUUUCCGACUCCUAAAAAAUCACUCCUCGUCAUUUUAAGACUUGGUUCAGUAGUCCGUAUUCAAGGAAUUUUAUGUUCUGUGCCCCCCUUCCCCCCCUUUCCCACUGUCAUGCAUAUCUGGUGGUCAGAUUAGGGUGCACGGGCAGAAUUUUGUAUAAAACCUCUUUAAGGAAUUCUUUUUUUAAACUCAUAACCGGUUUACACACGAGAGACGCGUGUAGGACCUACUGUCUUUCUCUGUGCUGCUGGUGAUUUCUGAAUUCUGAAGGACUUUUAUUUUGAUUUUUCUUCUCGCAGUGUCAUUACCCAAGACCCCGCCCACUCCCCCGCCACCCAGUUCUCUCGUUACAGUUACAAUCCACACAUUUUUGACCAGUGAUUGAAGCAAGGUAUUAAUUUAACAAGUACGUCCCACUUCCCUGCCCCCCCACUCCCCUACCUUCUGGUAAUUAGGUUGCAUUUGGCUUUUGUUGAAUUAGAAGCUAACCGCUCCAGUGACUCCUGCUCUUUUGGGUUAAGGGUACAAGGAUAUGGGUUCCAGACAGACACAAACUUCUGUAUAUUUAAUUACCUGAAAGCUCGUCGAGCUUGUGUGUUGAUUUAAACUGUGUAAUAAAAAUGAUUACUAAAGUG